AUGCAAAUCUCGUCUCCCCGUCACCGCCGCGGCGGUGCCCCAAACCCGAUCCGCAUACGCCGACAAUCAAACAGCCCUCUCUUCGCCGGCCGGAGCCCCGCCCCAUGGUCCCCAAUGCAACCAGACCCGCUAUCUGGACGGAGCACAAACUUUUCACCGUUCACCGUGAGCCCCGUGUCGAUGACGACAGACUGCGAGAGGGAGCUGUCGCCUUCCGAUGUGACGCCCCUGACUCCAAGGCUGACAGAGUAUCUUGCGGGGUAUGGAUGGGCAGAGGACGGCGGUAGUAGGCGAGAGAGCGUCGAAAGUAGAACGGGGGGUGUGCCAGAGACGCCAUUGAGCACUCCCGUGGAUGCAUUCUCGCCCACGGGAUUCACGAUGGCGAUGAGGGGACGGAGGGAGGCGAUGCGGGAGCUGAUGGGGACGGGCGAGAGUGUUACGUCGCCAAGGUCUCCGGGGUGGAGGGGUGGCGGGUGGCGGAGCCUUGGGAGAAUGCCGAAUAUCGCGAGUAGAAUCAUCGGAAGCAAUGGACCCUCUCGUGAGACGGCUGAAUUGAGUAGACUGUAUGGGAGGGUCGUUGAGAUUGUGGACGAGAGUGAGGGCUUGGAGCACAUGAUCUCUGACGAGAAUGGCGUAUCUGGGAGGGUAGUCGAGAUGGAAAAUGAGACCGACGAGGUCGCCGCACACACGUCAGACGGGUUCCAUGCCGCGGCAUUGAGCGUCUAUCGAGAGGGAGGAGGCCAUACCCAGCCGAUCUCGUGGUGGAAAUACCCCUGGGUUGUUCUGAUGCUGGUUCUCUUUAUGCUGUUUGUUCCGAGUUACAAAGAUAUCUUCUGA